AUCACAAGUUUCCUCCCUUCACGACUGGUGUAAUUUAUACAUUUGGUCCUUCGAACCGGAUCGGUGAAAGGAAGCAUUACGUGCAGUGAAACUUGCAGCAGGACACUACGUGUUCACAGAUUUGGGAAUAAACGGCACUACGUACCGUUUAUGUACAGUGGUGAUUCAAAGUGUGAUAUUUCUCCGUUUAAACCCGUUGUGUUUAUCAUAACCUUUGGUUGCCCCGCUAUCACGGGCAAAGGAGACGUUUGUGAAGUGUUCGUGAAGAUUACAUCGUGUCGCGAACAAGGAACAAAAAAGCGAGUUCGAUCGGAACGCGUAAGAAAACCGACGCCACCCACGCCAUUUCAAAUUUGGCACCCAUAACUGCAACGACACCCAUUGCGUUUUCAAAUUUGCGCCAUUCGAAAUUUGGUUUUGCGUACAAGUUGCAUCCAAGUUACAGUGAGAUUAUCCUACGCGCCAAAAAGUUGCAUCCAAGUUACAGUGAGAUUAUCCUACGCACCAAAAAUUCAAAGGGAAAAUGGCGAAACAUUUAAAAACGUUUCAACUGAAAAAACGCCAAGCUGCCGAGCUAAUUAAAACCGUGGAACAGUUCACCAGUGAAUAUACCGAUGAUAGAGUGAGUGAAGUAUCAGUGUGUCUAGACCAGCUGGAAAGGUAUUACGAAGAUUUUCUCCAGGCAAGCGCGAAAGUUUCGGAGCUAGAUGAGGAUGGCGCGGAAACGUAUGUGGCGGAACGUUGCGAAAUGGACACGCGUUACCGACGCGUGAAGGGUUUCCUUCUACGAAGGCAACCCUCGAACCCGGGUGUGAGUGAUUCGGUGUUGAUCGCGAAUUCAACGAUGAAUACUACGGGACGAUCGAGUGCUGUGAAUGUGCGUCUGCCGAAAAUCGAAUUACCUACGUUUGAUGGUGAUUCUACCAAGUGGCUUACUUUCCGGGACCGAUUUGUAGCUAUGAUUGAUUCUUCCGCGGACAUUCCUAACAUCAUGAAGCUGCAAUAUCUGCUGUCGUCGUUAAAGGGUGAUGCUGGAUUGCUCUUCGAGCAUACCACCUUAACAGCAGAUAAUUACGACGUGACGUGGACUGCUUUGCUGAAGCGAUACGACAACCCGCGUACGCUUGUUCGCGAGUACUACCGGAAGAUUCAUCACCUACCGACAGUGAGCCGUGAAAGGGUGGAUGAAUUGGCGCAGCUCGUGGAUGAAUUCACGCGGCACGUGAACGGGCUGAAGAAACUCGACGAGCCCGUUGAGUACUGGGAUACGCCGCUCGCCAACCUCUUGCUGAUGAAACUGGACACGGCGACCAUCUUGGCUUGGGAAAACCAUUCAGCACAGCACACGAAAGAUAAGUACAAGGAGUUAGUAGAUUUCCUUCAUAGUCGUGUCCGAAUCCUUAAGUCAACGCGUGAGUUUUCCCAUACUGAACUAAAUACGAGAAUGGUGGCCGGUAGCAAAAAAAUAUUCGAACAUAGACCAAGGUUGGUGGGUAACACAGCGACGACAGGAAGGGCAAUACCGCAUAUGUCAGCGCCACAGCCACCACAACCACCGUGCAUUUUUGGUUGCACGGAGGCUCACCAUUUGCGGGUUUGUCCGGAAUUCGCAAAUAAGGACGUACCCCAACGGCGGGAAAUCGCAACACGAGAACGGCUGUGUUGGAAUCGCCUGAAUCGUCAUCACCAAGUGAGGGAUUGCCGCUCGUCGUACCGGUGCACUACGUGCAAGGCACGACACCAUUCACUACUACAUGUGAAUUCAGCGGUGACCAUGGCUGCGCAAUCCGAUGAGGAAAUGGUUCUUUUGGAAACGGUCCUUCUCCAGCUCGUGGAUGAUCACGGCAACACGUAUGAUGCGCGGGCACUUCUCGAUUCGGGAUCGAUGUGCAAUUUCAUUUCCGAAACCAUGGCGCAGCGAUUGCUAACACCAUUUUCAAAGGUAGACGUUGCCAUAUCUGGUAUAGGGCAACAGAUGCAGCACGUCAAGGGUUCCAUUACAGCGGUCGUUCAAUCGAAAGGGGCUGACUUCUCUACAACAAUGGAAUUCCUUGUACUAAAGACUCCGUCGGCAGAUCUUCCAACCACACCGAUAAACGUAGAGUCGUGGUUCCUCCCGAAUAUAAAGUUGGCUGAUCCUACUUUCCACGUCCCCGGAAAAGUAGAUUUGGUUAUUGGCGGAGAUACAUUUUGGGAACUACACACUGGAAGGAAGCGGUCACUGGGCGAAGGAAAACCAUGGUUGUUGGAGACACCGUUUGGAUGGGCGAUCUCUGGGAAUAUUUCCCGUUGUUCUGGGCCCAAUUUGCGGUUGUGUCACCUGGCAACCAAUGAAGGUGACAUUGCAGCUUCGCUACAACGGUUCUGGGAGGCUGAGAGCAUUUUAGAAGGCCCUGCGUUGUCUUUGGAAGAAGACCUGUGUGAGAAGUAUUAUGCUUCCACGACUACGCGAAAUGCUCAAGGUCGCUAUGUCGUGUCGUACCCCAAAGCCGUAGACCCGGUUCUGCAUGAUUUUUAUGUGGAUGACUUGCUGACUGGUGCAGCAAGUGUUUCAGAAGCCAUCGAGACACGUAAACAGAUAUCAUCGAUGUUGGAAUCAGCGGGCUUCUCACUAAAGAAAUGGGCGUUGAACAUACCGGCUGCGCUUGAUGGUGUUCCAAGCGCCGAUUUGGCCAUCAAAUCAGUUCUAGACUGGCAAGAAGACCAAGCAGUCUCAACACUGGGCUUGGUUUGGGAACCAUUCAACGAUAUGUUUCGGUUUCGUGUGGAUUUGCCACCCCCUGCAGAAGAGCUGACACGAUGCCUGGUGUUAUCAUACACGGCCAGAAUCUUCGAUCCUCUUGGUCUGUUGGGACCAACGGUGAUACUCGCCAAGAGGUUCCUGCAACGCCUAUGGGGAUUGAAGCACGAGGGGAAGACGCUGGACUGGAAUCGUCCGCUACCAGCGGAGAUUCAGGAAGAGUGGAGGAGGUUCCACUCAACGCUCUAUGUGUUACGCGAACUGCGAGUACCUCGAUUGGUGGCACAUAGCAAUCCGGAAAGGCUGCAGCUGCAUCUCUUCGCGGAUGCAUCUCAAGGAGCGGUGAGCAAGUCAACGUCGAUCAACAGCGUCAAGCGGAAUACGGACAUGAAGACGCUAUUGAGUUCCGUUCCACCGCUUACAGCGGCGGAGUUGCAGGAUGCGGAACUGAGGUUGUGUCAACGGGCACAACAUGAUUCGUUUGCGGAGGAGAUGGACGACCUGAAACGAGGAAAGCUGGUGAGCGGAAGGUCGAGACUAAAGUGGUUGUCUCCAUACCUCGACCCAAAGGGUGUGUUACGCGUCGGUGGCCGGCUUGGUAACGCCAACAUACCAGAGUCAACCAAACAUCCGAUUGUCCUCGCUGCAUCACAUCGGCUGUCGACACUACUGGUCGAGAACACUCAUCAUCAAAAGAUCAAAAGAUGCACGCGGGGCAACAAUUCAUGUUAG